AACUACAUAUAGAGAAUGCUGAAAGCGAAACCUAAAACACAGGAGAAAUGGCGGAUAAGCUGGGAGGAGCAGCAGCUGAACAGAGCUUGAACUCGAAGAGUUCACACCAAACGACUUCGAAGCUCGUCGUUUUGGCUGACCUCAACGUCAAUCCUCCCGAAGCCGAAGCCGACGACGACGAUUCUUCCCUUCUCCCUCCUCCCCAAAUCAUUACCAGGUUGACAAAUGACGAAAACAGUCAAGAUAAGAGUCUGUUGUCCAAAGACACUGAUAGUACUGAAGGCGAAGGUAAAAAGUCGCACAAACUGGGGAAAUGCCGCUCCAGACCUAGCAAGACAGAUUCUCUUGAUUGUGGGGGUGAUGCAGAUGUUGAUCAACAUGUACAAGGAGCUCCUUCAUCCCGGGAGGAAAAAGUUAGCAGCAUGAAGACUGGCUUGAUUCAUGUUGCGAGGAAGAUGCCCAAAAAUGCUCAUGCUCAUUUUAUACUUGGCUUGAUGCACCAAAGAUUAAACCAGCCUCAAAAGGCUAUACUGGUUUAUGAGAAGGCAGAAGAGAUCUUACUCAGGCCUGAGACUGAGAUUGAGAGGCCAGAUUUGCUUUCUUUAGUUCAGAUUCACCAUGCCCAGUGCUUGAUACUCGAAAGCUCAUCAGAAAACAGUUCAGAUAAAGAACUCGAACCUCACGAACUUAAGGAAAUUCUUUCUAAACUUAAAGAGUCAGUGCAGUUUGAUAUCAGACAGGCAGCUGUAUGGAAUACACUAGGUUUUAUCCUUCUUAAAACUGGUCGUGUGCAGAGUGCUAUCUCAGUUUUGUCAUCGUUGUUAGCCAUUGCUCCAGAGAACUACGAUUGUCUAGGAAAUCUUGGGAUAGCUUAUCUUCAAAUUGGGAAUUUGGAAUUAUCCGCAAAAUGUUUUCAGGAGUUGAUUCUAAAAGACCAAAACCAUCCCGUAGCUUUGGUCAAUUAUGCUGCCCUUCUUUUGUGUAAAUAUGCUUCAGUAGUAGCAGGUGCUGGUGCAAGUGCGUCUGAAGGUGCUUUAGCAGAUCAGGUGAUGGCUGCUAAUGUUGCUAAGGAAUGUUUGUUAGCUGCAAUUAAAGCAGAUGUCAAAUCAGCCCAUAUCUGGGGAAAUCUUGCCUAUGCAUUUUCUAUUAGUGGUGAUCAUCGAAGUUCCAGCAAGUGUUUAGAGAAGGCAGCAAAACUUGAACCUAAUUGCAUGUCUACCCGAUAUGCUGUUGCUACCCAUCGAAUGAAGGAGGCAGAAAGAUCUCAAGAUCCUAGUGAACUGCUUUCAUUCGGUGGAAAUGAGAUGGCUUCUAUAAUAAGAGAUGGUGACUCAUCUUUGGUUGAGCUUCCAACAGCCUGGGCUGGGCUUGCCAUGGUUCACAAGGCUCAGCAUGAGAUAUCAUCAGCAUACGAAAGUGAACAGCAUGUGCUGACAGAAAUGGAAGAGCGUGCUGUUUGCAGUUUAAAGCAGGCCGUAGCAGAAGAUCCAGAUGAUCCUGUGCGGUGGCACCAACUUGGCGUUCAUAGUCUUUGUACCCAGCAAUUCAAAACAUCACAAAAAUACCUUAAAGCUGCUGUUGCCUGUGACAGAGGUUGUAGCUAUACAUGGUCUAACCUCGGUGUAUCACUUCAACUAUCGGAAGAGCCAUCACAAGCUGAAAAGGCAUAUAAGCAAGCUUUGUUAUUGGCAACAAAACAACAAGCACAUGCUAUUCUGUCCAAUUUGGGAAUAUUCUAUCGCCAUGAGAAGAAAUAUCAACGUGCGAAGGCUAUGUUCACAAAGUCACUUGAACUGCAGCCUGGGUACGCUCCUGCAUUCAACAAUCUAGGUCUUGUGUUUGUUGCUGAGGGUCUGUUGGAAGAGGCCAAGUAUUGUUUUGAAAAAGCUCUGCAAUCUGAUCCAUUGCUCGAUGCAGCUAAGUCUAACUUGGUUAAGGUGGUUACGAUGUCAAAGAUAUGUAAAGGCCUUCUUAAAGAAUGAUAUUGUUGUUCCUUUCAUCUGCUGUAUAUCCAUUUAUCAUAAUCAAUCAAGAAGAAGUGCACUUGUAUCAUUACGUGAUUUGAAGUGAAAGAUAGAGUGAAAAUGAUCGAGCAAAGUGAAUGAUGCGUGAAAAUGAAAUUACCUAUUUGUAUAAUUAUUAAUGAAGAUGUUAUUUUUUUUA